AUGAACCAAAACUAUCAGUAUGUCAACUCUAGCAGCACUGGGCUAGGUGCUGCAAUAGAAAAGAAUGCCGCAAGAUCCCGGCGGUCGAAGUUGAUUGUCCUCGCUUCCGUCAUCGGCCUCCUUGGAAUCAUUGGAAUUGCCGUCGGCGUUGGCGUCUCUGUCUCACAGAGAAACAAGUCUUCGUCAUCCUCUUCAUCUUCUUCACCUGGUGGCAGCAGCAACUCCGACAACACCCCGAAACAAACGGAUCCUAAUGACCCAAGUUCUUUCGUCAAGGAUAGCCGAUUCCACAAGGCAUUCUACGGAAUGGCCUAUACGCCUGAAGGCUCUUUACUGCCAGACUGUGGCAACUCAUUGGACUCGGUCAUCAAGGACAUUCAGAUAUUGUCGCAACUCACUUCGCGGGUUCGUCUUUACGGCGCUGACUGUAAUCAAACUGCGCUCGUGUUGGAGGCCAUCAAACAGACCAAAGUCGACAUGCAGGUCUACGUAGGGAACUAUCCCGUGCCAAACGACGAUGGAGUAUACACCCGUCAGCGGGAUAUUAUUCGAGAUGCAAUCACAACCUACGGUACAGACCAUAUCGCCGGCAUCACUGUUGGAAAUGAAUUUAUGUUGAACUACCUCACCUCAAAUGGCGCAACCGAUCCCAAUGGUUCCGUUGGUGCACAAGGUGCUGCGAUGCUCGUUCGUUAUAUCAAGGACACAAGAGACAUGCUUGCAUCUAUGAACCUCCCCAAGACUAUUCCAGUCGGCAACUCAGAUGCUGGAAGUUUCUUCAGUACUGAGGUAUUGAGUAACAUCGACUACGGAUUAUCCAACGUACAUGCUUGGUUCGCAAACACAACGGCGAACGACGCAGCCGGAUGGGUAUCAAACUUCUUCCAAGAGACUAAUGUUCAGCCCGCUAGCCUCCUCCCCAACAACCCGAAGAUGUAUAUCGCUGAGACGGGUUGGCCAUCGAAAUCAUCAGAUGUCGCGAAUGCCAACAACGGCGCCUCAGAUGCCUCGGAGGCUAAUCUCCAAAUCUUCCUUGACACUUUCGUGUGUCAGGCUAACGCGAAUGGCACUGCUUACUUCUACUUCGAACUUUUCGACGAAGAAUGGAAAGACAAGCAGUACGGCGGCGUUGAGGGCUGGUGGGGACUUUUCAACAAGGACCGAUCAUUGAAGAACAUCAAGCUCCCAACAUGCACAGCACCAUAA